CUUCCCCCCAAUCCACCGUCGCUCUCUGGCCUCUGCAAUGUGCUCCAAACCCCAAAUAUUCGGCCCGAACCCGACCCGACCCGACCCGACCCAAAAGCUAAGACAUGUCAGCGCCGAAAGCGAAGCUCCUCUGCAACUUCGGGGGAGAGUUGACUCGCCAACUCGGCCGAGUGAGCUACGUCGGCGGCAAGACGAGGCUGGUCCUCGUCGACCGGUCGUUGAGCUUCGAGGGGCUACGAUCCAAGAUGAUUCAACUCAGCUGUGUCGCGCCGAGUUGCAUCGAGAUCAAGUUCCAGCUCCCCGACGAGACCCUCGACUCGCGGCUAGUCUCGGUCGAGUGCGAUGACGACGUCGUCGCCAUGCUGAGCGAGUUCGAGGCCUCGCAGAGAAUCCCGCUAUAUUUGUUUGAUACUGGCGCUGAAUUGUUUCUCAGAGAGAAUGGUACUCCAGUAGUUCAGCAUACAGUAAUUGAUGGUCCAACAUCAACUCAUGGAGAGAUUGUGGUUCCAAUUGAUCCACAAGAGUUCAUUGAUGCUGAGGAUGAUCUAGUUUCACUUCCCAGAGAUGGUGAUGAUGUUCCUGAGGCUUCUCAGGAUAGCCAGAAUAGUCCAUCUAUAUCUGAACUGGUUAAUGGAAGAGAGAGUCAGACACUAGCGGUAGGGCAGGAAUUUCCUGAUGCACAAGCAUUUCGCAGUGCACUGGUAGCUAUUGCCAUUGCCAUGAAAUUCGAGUUGACAUUUAUCAGAUCAGACCGAGUUCGAGUGACUGCUAAAUGUGCUUCAGAUGGUUGUUCAUGGCGAAUCCAUGCAUCUAAGGUUCAAGAUGUUGAAACUUUCCAAAUAAAGACAUUGAGGGGGGAGCAUUCUUGUGCAAGGCCAGAAAGGUCCAGCCAUCGACAAGCAAACAUGAAAUGGAUCUUAAGUUGUAUCAUGGACCGUGUGCGAGAAAAUAUCAAUUAUAAGCCCAAGGAAAUCAUGAGGGAUAUUGAGCUGGAAUAUGGGGUCUUAAUACCAUACUUGAAGGCGCAUCGAGCUAGGGAAAGGGCCUUGGAAUUGAUACUUGGGAUGCCGAUAAAGGAUAUAGUUUUUAAUCACGCUCAAGUUCAGGGAGUGGAGAAUGUUGUACUUGAUGUACUAGAUCGGCAAAGAAAGAAACCUUUCAAGGGGAGUUCAGUGCAUUGCAAUCUCUGUAAAAAGAUUGGACAUAACAGGAGGAGUUGCAUGAAGUUAAGUCAAAAUGAUAGCCAGGCAGAGGCUGGCAGUCUCAAAGAAAAAACUUUUCGCUGCAUGCUGUGCAAACAAAUUGGACAUAACAGGAGAACUUGCCAAAGCAAGCAGGUGAAACAAAUGGAGAUGAACUAGUUUUGUGGGCUGUAUUAUAGUAGGUUAGUUCUGGAUGCUUCUCUCCUACACACACUCCCAAAUGCACUUCUUGACAUGUCACAAAAAAUUACCAUUAGAUUUUGGAUGGACUACUAUUGAGUUUUAGAUCUAAUGAUGGUUUUUAGUGUCAUGUCAGAUUGUGCACUUAAAAGUAUAGGGUGAGAGCGUGUGUAGCAAAUCUCUAUAUAUAUACAUAUUGAGUUUGAUGGAAGUAGAAUUUGCACCCUUUUUUCCCUUUUUGCUGCACUAUAGUUGAAGAUCUACAUUGAAUGUGAAUUGCCACCAGGCAAAUGAGAUAUAGUAAUGGACAUUUGGAUAUCUAUAAUGUCCCUUACCCUCAUACCGAGAGUGAAAGGAACAGUUGCUGAGUUGGCAGGGGAGUGAAUUCCGUGUAGUAACAAUAGGAUGUACACGGGUCAACGGCCUUAAGGCAAAGUCGGGCCUAAGGUCAACAGGCCCAACAACAGUAUAAUUGCUUUUGACUCUUUACAAGUUUGUUGAGAAUUUUGUCACAUAUAAUAUUUUUUUUGUGAGGACACUUUUUUAAGGGUGGACAAUCAGAAUUAAAAGGGCAAUUUAUACUUGGGAUACUUUGAAUCAAACCCAAACAAAAGACCAGAGACCACUAAGCACAUCAAACCCAAACAAAAGAUUACAUUGAACAGAGAUAAGAUCGUCCAUGAGUUAUAGUAAGAAAGAUUUGGGGUUGAA